AUGCCACACAUCGAGGAGCUACCAACGACAGCAAAGGCAGCAGCUCCGGGCUGGAGCUAUGUCGUCGACACUGGAUACGAUCCUUCCAAAGCUGCCAUCAAUCCUGCCAGUCGCAAGCGUGUGCGCGCCUCGGCUGCCGGUCUCAGUCAAGGCGAUCUCAGCGUCCGUCAACAGACUGCCAUCCAACGACAUCUAGACGAUCUCGACAAGGAUAGCCACAAGCCCGUCAAUAUCGCCCCACCAAAAUCAAAUCGCCGCCAGACUCAGAACACUCGCCGCAUCUUGGCUUCAGGAAAGGACUUUUCUCAUUACUUGGACCAGGAUGAAGCUGCACUGGCUCUGAAGCAGCACCAUGGUCUGGAAGUCGACAUAGAACCCCCAAAACCACCGCAGAGAGCAAGCAAAACGCCUAUCGCAAGACGCAAACCACAACCACAACCAACCCCUACGGCUGUCGAGCCUAGUCCCGCCCCAACUGCUGUCGUGUCCAACGCUGCUUCCACCACGCCCUCGGCCCCUCUUAUACCUUCCUUCCUCAAGCCUUACCUUGUCGACUCUCCCUCCGAUCUGAACAAACUACAACACGACUCUCUGCUCUCACCACCUGCUCCACUUACAGCCACCACGGCCGAAAUUGAGGCUCUGCUAUCAGCACCACAACUUUCAUACAAUGCCGCUCGCUCUGCGCCUAGUCCAGCUACCGCUCCUCCUCAAAGAGUCUUUUGCGAGAUGUGUGGAUACUGGGGCCGUGUCAGAUGCCUAAAGUGCGGUUCACGUGUUUGUGGUCUUGAGUGCAAGGCUGCCCACGAAGAGAGCAGAUGCAUCAGAUUUUGA